CGCUGCCCCCUCCCUCUGUGACACUCUCCUAAACUCUCCCUGCCCGGAGUUUCCGUUUCCUGACAGUUGCUGCCUCCAGAUCCAACUUCACAUUUCUUCUCACCUCAGAAGUUUAAAUGCCCCCGGUGCCGGUAAGGCAGGUCCAAUCAGAACCGAGCCAGGACAGCCCCCGAUCCGACACCGUCACCGGAAGGAUGGGUAUUUUUCCAUAAAAAAAAAAUAAAAAGGAGACCAAGCAAAAACAAAUGGAAGCGCUCACUUCAAAGGCUCCUGUUCGGGAUAAGAAAAAAUCCCAGAAAAUAGCACAUACUGCUUCAGACAUUUGGCUGUGACCACUACGAAGUGAAACAUCUAAAAGAUGACGUCCUGCAAGUUACAAUGGCGUCUCAUCUUUCUCAAUUUCUUGACCUGUGGCCUGGAAAUCUGUGUAGCAGCCGGGAUAACAUAUGUGCCUCCAUUACUGUUAGAAGCCGGCGUGGAGGAACAGUAUAUGACUAUGGUUUUAGGUAUAGGACCUGUACUAGGACUAAUAUUUGUGCCACUAAUUGGAUAUGCCAGUGAUAAUUGCCAAAGUACCUAUGGCCGAAGACGUCCGUUCAUCUUGUUGCUUUCUCUUGGAGUCCUUCUUUCGCUCUUCAUCAUUCCACAUGCUGACUACUUGGCUUCAUACUUCAGCUGGGGAGGGAAUGUUGUCCAUAUUUAUUUCCUUAUUUUUGGGGUGGGAUUAUUAGACUGUUGUGCCCAAGUAUGUUUUACGCCUCUAGAGGCCCUCCUCUCUGACCUCUACCAUGACGAUGAAGGCUGUGGCCAAGCAUUCGCUACCUUCUCGUUCAUGAUCAGUAUGGGAGGAUGCAUUGGAUACCUGCUGACGUCGGUCAACUGGAACUACACAUUUAUGUCGCUCUAUGUGGGAGGUCAAGCCGAGUCUCUCUUUCUAACGCUAACUUUUAUAUUCAUAAUGAGUGUCUUUGUCACAAUGAGGACUUCCGAAGAACCUGUGUGCAGAGCUCCCCAAGGGUUGGACUUUAAUCCUCCCAUAAAAUCAAUAUCCUUCUCAAGGUGUUGCUGUGUGCCAAAAUUAAAGGUACGAGCCUGGAAAUGCAACCCUUUGUUUUGCUUAUUGAGCUUGUGCUGGUCUCUUACCCCAAGGCUAUAUCACAGCUACUGCCGAAUUCCUAGGGUCGUGAAGCAGUUGUGUGUUGCUCAGCUUUGUAGUUGGAUGGCCGUGAUGUCGUUCAUGUUGUUCUACACAGACUUUGUUGGGGAGGGAUUGUACAAAGGAAUUCCAAGUGCUGCACCCGGAACAGAGUCAAGACUUCGGUACGAUGAAGGAAUCCGUAUGGGAAGCCUGGGACUGUUCCUCCAGUGCGCCACGUCGACCUUCUUUUCUGUGAUCAUGAACAAGCUUGUGAAAUUUUUUGGGUCAAGACAAAUCUACCUCGCCAGCAUGGUCACCUUUACAUCGUCCGCCCUGGUGAUCUGCCUCUCGCAGAACAUCGCCGUAGUUACCGCCAUGUCCUCUCUGACGGGAUUUGCUUACGCUACCCUGCAAACUCUCCCAUACACAAUGAUAUGUUUAUAUCACAAGGAAAAAGAUGUAUUUAUGCCAAGGCCAGUAGAACUUAAGACUACAAAUGGAAAUGUUCUCACCAAAGAAGCGGUGUAUUUCGCGCCCAAUGUGCCGCACUGCAACCAAGACAGUACUUUCAAGCACAAAGGAGACGAGUCGGGCAAAAAAGGAAUCGCGUUGAAUGAAAUUCCACUUGAUCACCAAUACUACUCGGAAUCCAGUUUUACCAACGUAGAAGACAAGGACAAUUAUGCAAAACGAGGCAUUGGGCUUGAUUUUGCCAUUUUGGAUAGUACGUUACUUCUGUCUCAGGUCUUCCCAUCUUUGUUCAUGGGGAUGAUUGUACAGUUAAUGGAAAGUGUUACUGUGUAUAUAGCGUCUUCUGUCAUCUUCGGAGUUUUUGCUAUAUACCUCGCAAAUCAAGUUAUUUAUGACCAAAAAGACCUUUGGACAUAAGGUUGUGAUCUUUUUGUUUGUUUUUUAUUUUAUUUUUGACAUUAGGCGUUACUGAUAGCAGCCUUGUUUACAAAGUUAAACGUUUACAGCUAUUUCGCUUCAGUCAGUCGUUAAAAUGGCCAGUAACUUGAAAUGCUUAUUAUUGUCAUAUGAUUAUGCUAAAAAGGGGUUCUUACAUAUCAACCGAUA